AUGCCGUGCUAUCACGCCUUGGUGGAAAAGCAGCGCGCUUAUUUCAAGUCGGGCGCGACGAGACCGUUGGAGAACAGAAAGGAGACGCUCAACAAAUUGAAGAAAAUGCUGGAAGAGGAUGGGGAAGAGAUCGCAGCGGCUAUUUUCAAGGAUUUACACAGGGACGGCCAUUUCGAGACAUUCGGUGUCACCCAUCAAAUAAAUGAGACGCUGGAGAAGCUGGAAGAGUGGAGUGCGCCUACUAAGCUGUCGUCCGACGGCAACGACGAGCUGUUCAUUGUUCGUGAACCUGUUGGAGUUGUGCUGGUCAUUUCCCCAUGGAAUUAUCCGCUUUUCACCUCGGCGCCGCUCGUUCAGGCCCUUGCCGCGGGAAAUACGGUAAUUCUGAAGCCAUCGGAGUUGGCGCAACACACCGCUCAAGCAUUUGAGAAGAUUAUCAACAAACAUUUUGAUGAGAAGGUUUUUGCGGUGGUAAAUGGGGCCGUAGAAGAGACGACGGCCCUUUUGAGCGAACGCUUCGAUCAUAUCGUUUAUACCGGAAAUCCGGCCGUCGCAAAGAUUGUGAUGGCGGCCGCGGCCAAGAAUCUGACCCCUGUCACCCUUGAGUUGGGUGGCAAAAACCCAACCGUGGUUCUGGAUGAUGCUGACGUGGCCCUAGCCGCUGAAAAGAUCGCCAAGGCCAAAAUGAUGAACUGUGGACAGAUUUGUAUCAACCCCGAUUAUGUGCUCACCACUUCUAUCACAAAGCCCAAACUGAUUCUCUGCCAUCCAGCAGGCUUUUGCCCGUAUCAUCUCGGAACGCCAUUUCGACCGUCUAAAAGCGUUGACCGAGAAAACAAAUGCAUUUAUGAAAUUGAAGAAAAUGAUGAAUUGAUGAAGGAUGAGAUCUUUGGCCCAAUCCUUCCAAUUCUGACAGUGGAUAAUCUGGAGAAAGCUCUAGAUUUUGUGAAGGAAAGGGAGAAGCCAUUGGCUGCUUAUAUUUUCUCCAAAGAUCCCGAGGCUGUCAGACGAUUUAUCACGGAAACUUGGUCGGGCGGAGUGUGUGUCAAUGAUGUUCAUUCUCAUGCUUUUUCGCCAUCGGUUCCAUUUGGAGGUGUCGGCAAUUCUGGAUUGGGUCGUAUUAAUGGCAAAUAUUCAUUCGACAAUUUCACCCAUGAGAAGGCUGUUCUGAUCAGGGGGUGGAGUGUCCGUCCCACAGAA